AUAUAACCUCUCCUCUCUCUUCUAAAAGUACCAGUUUCUUUAACGAAAAUACUAAAAACCCAGUGGCUACAUCCUCAGGCGAUAACAAUGGGCAAAAAUUCCAGAUGGUUCCGGCGACUGUUUUCCGGAAAAAAGUCAAAGAGCUCGCCGGCGGCGGAGUCUGUUGGGUCAGACUCAAAGCAGGGGAAGAACAAGAAGAAAUGGAGCAUCCUCGGAUCUGGAAACGCAGAAGAAAUUAAGGAGGAGCCGUCGAAGGAGGUCGAGACCCGAAUAUCGUGUGCAGAGCCCCAGUCAGGUUCACAAGUGGACGCGAGCAGGCACGCGAUAACUGUGGCGGCGGCGGCGGCGGCGGUGGCCGAGGCUGCUGUAGCGGCGGCACAGGCGGCAGCGGAGGUGGUACGGCUCACGAAUAGCGGGAAGUGUAGCGGGAGCGGCGGCCGGCGGAUGGACGUUGCAGCGGUUAUAAUACAGUCUGCUUUCAGAGGCUACCUGGCAAGGAGGGCACUGAAGGCACUGAAAGCACUGGUGAAGCUACAGGCACUGGUGAGAGGCCACAUAGUGAGGAAACGAAGUGCAGAUAUGCUUAGGCGCAUGCAGGCGCUGGCCCGAGUCCAGGCUCGUGCCCGUGUCAGUAGGGCUCGUGCUAUCUUAGAGUCCUCCCAUUCAACCCGCAGAUUCUCCCUAUCCCACCACAUGAGAUGGGGUUCGAAUCCAAACAUCAGCGAUAUCUUCAACCGAGAAAAAGCGCAACAGGAUUCCAGCUGGUUAGAGCAGUGGAUGGAAGAAUGUUCCUGGAACGACAGGAGGAGGGACUCUUCACUGAAAACCAGGGAUCCUGAUCAUCAUGAUGAUGAGAGCAGAGACAAGAUUCUCGAAGUAGACACCUGGAAACCUGACCCCAACUCCAUGGGAAGCAAAAGAAUGCACCAGAAAUCAACUCCACAAUUUUCCAGCUACUACACAAAACCUCAAAAACCAAUCUCAUGCCAGUCAAUGGGGAGGGCGCCCUCAUCUUUAAGCUCACUUCAAUGCCCGUUUGAAGUAGAUGAAGCAGCUGUGUACACUGCAGACAACAGCCCACAAGCUCUUCCUUCUUUGACCAGGCUUGGAAGCAGUAGCGCUAGGAGGAGGAGUACUACAGCCUUGACCCCUCCAAGGUCUGACAGCUCCACAAACUUCUUCUCGGACCAUCCAAAAUACAUGGCUAAUACGCAGUCUUCCCAGGCAAAGGUCAGGUCCCAAAGUGCCCCUAGGCUCCGGCUUAACUUCGAGAAAUUGGGUUCUUCCAAGAGAUCCUUCCAUGGAUGCUGGGACCCAAACAGCAGUCCAAAUAAGAGCAUAAUAAACAAAGGCCGAUCAGGGUCAGGCCCCGGUUGCUUAGAUAGGGUUGGAAGUAGUACUAGAUUGAGGUGACUAAUUCAUGCCAGCAUGCUCUUUUUUGUUUUCUUGUCGAUUGAAGGCAGCAGAUGGUAGAGUACAUGGCAUUUAUGGAUGGUGGAUAUGGAAAUUAUGUUAGUUGCAGAGAAACCGAACAGUUUCAAACAUUAAUAUAGUGUAGCUGUUUCUUGUUUGAUCUAUACUGACCUAGUUUAUAAAGCAUUUUACUCUA